AUGCAGUCAACACUUCUCGACAACUGGAAGUCACUCCCCCUCGAUAAGUAUGACGGCACCACAGACCCGGACGAGCACGUGGACGUGUUCUUGACGCAGGUAACCUUGAGUACCACAGAUGACGCCGCGCUAUGCCGGAUCUUCCCGACCUCCCUGAAGGGUCGCGCGCUGAGUUGGUUUACCCGACUCCCGGCAAGCUCUAUCGAUUCCUUCAGCACGCUAGCAUCCCAGUUCAUAGUUCAGUUUGCCACUAGCCGUCCUCACCAGUUGACCUCACUAGCCCUGGUCAGUAUUCGUCAAGAGCGCAGGGAGUCCCUGCGGGCGUUCAUGACUCGAUUCAACAAGGCGGCCUUGGAGAUCAGAGACCUUAAUCCCGCCGUCGCUUUGCACCAUUUAACUACCGCUUUGAAGCCAGGUCCCUUCGCUAAUAGCAUAUGCAAGAAGCCGCCCAUAGACAUGGAUGAUCUUCGGCGAAGAGCCGAUAAGUACAUGCAGAUGGAGGAGUUAGCCGAGUUUCGCAAUCAUGCUAGAACAGAGGUGGCGGCCAAGUCGGAAAGGCCGACCAAAGGCAAUACCCGAAGCCGACCGAAGGAAUUGGUACCCCGGGAGAGGUCCCGGAACGGACCAAGAUACCCGCAGUACACCCCCCUGAACACUAGUAGAGCGGCUAUACUAGAGCAGGCAUUGGCCUCUGAAGUAUUGACAGUCCCGAAACGAGCCUCGACCCCUCCCAUGGCCGACACAAGCAAGUCUUGCAAAUAUCAUCAUAAUCGGGGGCAUUCAACCGAGGAAUGUGCGGCGUUGAAAGACAGGAUAGAGGAUCUAAUCAAGCAGGGACAACUACAGGGUUUCGUGGAGCGUCCCAAUACAUCCCAGCGUACCGAUCGGUCGAGACGGCCUGAUCACCCCGAACCCAGAGCCGAGACACGCGGGUAUAGAGAGCGCAGCCGCUCCAGAGAAAGGCGAGACCCGGAACCUACAUCACAACCCAGGCGAGUCAUCAACACGAUAGCAGGCGAAUUCGCAGGUGGUGGUUCUUCUUCAUCGGCGCAAAGAAGACACCUACGCGCCAUUCGGCACGUCAAUGCCGUUGAGACGGCUCGGCAUCCACUACCUACUAUUUCCUUCACCAGCACCGAUUUCAAGGGGAUUGACCCGGAUCAAGACGACCCAAUGGUAAUCAGCGUUGAAAUUCAUAACUGCAUUGUGCGUAAAACGCUGGUUGAUCAAGGAAGUUCAGCCGACCUCUUGUACUGGAGCACGUUCAAGCAGUUGGGCAUCCCGGAGUCUGAGUUAAUCCCGUAUGACGAACCGUUGGUCGGAUUCUCUGGCGCACGGGUUAAAACAAAGGGGAAUAUCAAGUUGUCGACUCGUUUCAGAUUUGAAGGAGCAGAAUACCGUGACAUCUCGGUAAAAUAUGUGGUAGUCAACGCCAAUACAUCCUACAACAUUCUGCUCGGCCGACCAUCUCUGAACAGACUCGGCGCUAUCGUGUCCACACCUCAUCUGGCCAUGAAGUUCCCGUCCGAUUCGGGGCGGGUGAUCACUGUCCAUGCCGACCAGAAAACAGCACGCGAGUGCUAUUUCGCCAGCCUGCGGUUACCGAAACCUCGUGCGGAAAUUGUUGAAGAGCCCAAGCGUAUCCACUCGGUAUCAUCAGAGGGGGCACUCGACCUUGACCCCAGAAUGGAUCAAGAUGAAAGAGUUGAACCUAUUGAAGAAAAGCAACCUCUCCAAGUCGGGACUUCUGAUGCACAGCUUACUUAUCUAGGCACCGUUCUCUCGGAACAAGAGAAGGCAGCUAUCGAACAAGUAGUACUUGACAACCGAGAUUUGUUUGCGUGGCACCCCUCCGACAUGCCUGGCAUCGACCCAGACUUUCUUUGCCAUAAGCUCUCGAUCAGUAGGGAGGCGAGGCCGAUUGCCCAGCGGCGUCAGAAAACCGGAGAGGAGAAGAAGGCGGCAAUCGAGGCCGAGGUAGCCAAAUUGCUGGAGGCGCAGUUUAUACGGGAAGUGCACUAUACAACGUGGCUGGCUAAUGUGGUCAUGGUCCGAAAGCCGAAUGGGAAAUGGCGUAUGUGUACCGAUUACGCCAACUUGAACAAGGCCUGCCCGAAAGACGCCUACCCGUUGCCUAAUAUCGAUCGCCUAGUCGAUGGGGCGUCUGGCCACCGAUUCCUAUCCUUCCUAGACGCCUAUUCGGGGUAUAACCAAAUCCGCAUGCACCCUCAAGAUGAAGAAAAAAUGGCGUUCAUCACCGAGAUGGCCAACUACUGCUACCGCGUGAUGCCGUUCGGUCUGAAGAACGCCGGGGCCACAUACCAGCGUUUGAUGAAUAAAAUUUUCCAUGAUCAGAUCGGUCGGUGCCUGGAAGUUUACGUUGAUGACAUGGUCGUAAAGUCUGGCGAAGUUUCUGCCCACGUGCACCACCUCGCUGAAGUGUUCCGAGCGCUCAGGCAACACCGGAUGAGGCUGAACCCUGAAAAGUGCGUGUUUGGUGUUUCAGGUGGAAAGUUUUUGGGGUUCAUGUUGUCCAGUUGGGGCAUCGAGGCGAACCCGGAUAAGUGCCAGGCCAUACUGGAGAUGAAGAGUCCCGGCACUCUUAAGGAAGUACAGAAGUUAGCAGGUCGGCUUACCUCGCUUUCACGGUUCCUUCCUCGGCUGGCCGAGAUAUCUCAGCCAAUCCUUGCCCUGCUAAAGAAAGCAAAGCAGUUUAGCUGGACCGACGAAUGUGAAGAGUCGUUCCAACAAUUCAAGCAACGCCUUAGCUCACCCCUGGUACUUUCCAAACCGAAUGCCAGCUCCGAUAUGAUAGUCUACCUGGCCGUAUCAGGUCAUUCGGUAAGCGCUGUUUUGAUACAAGAAGACCAGAGGGAUCAGCGACCGGUGUACUUUACCAGUCGGACACUACAAGACGCCGAGAAGCGCUACCAGUUGAUAGAAAAGAUAGCUUUAGCGUUCGUCUACACUGCUCGCAGGCUCAGGCAAUAUUUCCAAAGUCAUAGGGUGGUAUUCCGAACUGAUUGCCCGAUUGCAAAAGUCCUUCGGAAGCCAGAAAUCGCUGGUAGAAUGAUGGCCUGGUCGGUCGAACUCUCAGAAUUCGACAUAUCUUUUGAGCCGAGGGGACCUAUCAAGUCGCAACAUUUGGCUGACUUCGUCAACGAGCUCACCCCAGCAGGUAGUUUUCAAGACGAGCCGUGGACCAUGCAUGUCGACGGAUCAUCUAACGCUCAAGGAAGCGGGGCGGGGAUAAUUCUCGCUAGCCCCUCAGGCAUCACGGUAGAACAAUCGCUCCGCUUCAGUUUUCGAGCGUCUAACAACCAAGAGGAGUACGAAGCAUUGCUGGCCGGAAUGAGACUAGCAGCUGAAAUGGGUGUGAAAAAAGUCGUAUGCUGGACCGACUCAAACAUUGUGGCCGAACAGGUCAACAACAACUUUCAAGUCAAAGAUGCUAAUUUGUUGCACUAUUAUCACCUCUUCCAGAAACUCAAAGAUGAUUUCGCCGAGGUUCAAAUCCGGCACAUUCUAAGAGGUAGCAACGAACGAGCCGCUCAGUUGGCUCGGCUCGCUAGUAGUAGAAAACCGGGACAGCUAAGAACAACAAUUCACCUGGAAGUCCCUUCUCCAAGUGUGGCCGUAGAGUGCAUGGCUACCGAUGCCGAAGUACCGAACUGGAUGACUCCCAUUCGGAACUUCAUCCUCCAAGGGGAAUUUCCCACCGAUCCGAUGGAAGCGAGAAAGUUGCGUACCCAAGCAGCUCGGUACACCAUAGUAGCUAGCGAACUCUACAGGCGGGGAUUCUCCACCCCGUUGCUCAAAUGCAUUGACAAUCUACAGGCUGAAUAUGUAAUGCGGGAAGUCCACGAAGAAAAUAUCUAA